GUCUCCAGCUGAUUACACUGCUUCCUUCCUGAUUUUCUUAAGCAUUUUCUUGGAUUUCUGGCCUAAAGAAGAGCUCAGUGAAAGAUGGAGCUGGCUGGGGCAGGAGCUCUGCUCCUUCUCUCUCUGUUCUUCACUAUACUCUUCUCCUCCUUCAAAAUGUACAAGAAGAAAAGCCAGCUACCCCCAGGACCCACUCCCUGGCUCUUUCUGGGAAAUCUCCUGCAGAAAGAUGUCCUGCCUGUCUACAAUUUCUAUAAAAAGCUUGUUGAUAAAUAUGGCCCCAUCUUUACUGUCUGGAUUGGUCCAAAGCCCAUCGUUGUGAUUUGUGGAUAUGAAACAAUGAUAGAUGCUUUUGUGAAUCAUGCUGAAGAAUUUGGUGGGCGUCCUGCAAUGCCCUUCAUGGAAAGAGUGAGCAAAUAUCAUGGACCGUUCACCAGAAAUGAGGCAAAAUGGAGAGAGUUGCACAGGUUCACAUUCUCCACCCUGCGGGAAUUUGGGAUGGGAAAGAGAACAAUGUCUGAGAGGAUACAAGAGGAAGCCCUUUGCCUGGUAGAAGAAUUGGUAGCCACACAAGGGCAGGCCUUUGACCCAAGAAGAAGCUUCACAUGUGCUGUUAAAAAUGUCAUCUGUUCAGUUGUCUUUGGGAAUCGCUUUGACUACAAAGAUCAGGUCCUGCUGGAGAACCUGCGUAUUAUGCAGGACUUAAUGAGCUACCUCCGUUCUUUAUCAAUGCAGAUUUAUAAUGUAUUCCCAGGAAUAAUGGCUUACUUACCUGGACAGCACAGGAAGGUAUUAGCAGAUUGUGGAAAAAUGCAGGCCUUCAUUCGUGAGAGGGUGGAGUCCCACAGGAGGACACUGGAUCCUCAGAAUCUCCGUGACUAUAUUGAUUGCUUCCUUAUCAGGUCAGAGAAGAAACAAACCGAUCCUGAGGAUAUCUACAGCACCGAAGAGCUUGUCCAGUGCGUGUUUGGACUCUGUAUUGCUGGGACAUUAAACUGCAGCGAUGCCUUGGUCUUCAGCCUCAUGGUGAUGGCUAAAUUUCCACACAUUCAAGCGAAAGUUCAGCGGGAGAUUGAUGAGGUAGUAGGUGCCAACCGCAUCCCUGGCAUGGACGAUUGGGUGAGGUUGCCCUACACCAAUGCCGUUAUCCAUGAGACUCAACGAUUUGAAAAAGUUUCCCUUGAGGGCUUCCCACGUGCAACGACGUGUCGUACAGAGUUCUGGGGCUACAUCAUCCCUCAGUCCACCACUGUGGUUCCAAUGCUCACAACUGUGCACUAUGACCCACUCCAGUGGGAGACUCCAGAAAAGUUUAACCCAGGACAUUUCUUGGAUGAGAAGGGUCAGUUCCGGAAAAGAUAUGCCUUCAUGCCUUUUUCUGCAGGAAAACGGGCAUGCCCAGGGGAAGCCCUGGCUCGGAUGGAACUGUUCCUGUUCUUCUCUGUUCUGCUCCAGAACUUCACCUUCCAGCUGGUGGGAGAAUUCAAAGAAAAGGAUGUAAAAUCUUUUCAUAUACAGUACAAAAUGAAGAGCGCAUGCUUACAAAUGCAAGCCAUUAGACGUUCUAAGUGAUCCAGUGAGGUAAACUAAGCAGAAGGGAUCAAGUCAGUGCCUCCAAAACUAUUUGAAGUAAGUAGAAUGGAAGCACUGAGAGAUUUGAACCCAAUAGUUCUGAGGAAAACCAAAUAUUCCAAGCUUAGGUGGAACAGACCAUAGGAGCCAACUUCAAGGUCCCUUUGCCACCCCCCUAAAAUAUUUGAGGAGGCUGUCCCCCAAAU